AAUCACUAUCGAUAAGUUUCAGCGAGAAACUGCAGUGAUUCCAUUUCUAGUGUUGUUGUUUAAUGUGUAGAUCAUACCUACAUAAUUACCGCAAUAUGUUGUUACUGACUUUCCUUAUUCCGUCACUCUUUGUGCUCCUACCAACAGAUGCACUGGAUAAUGGUCUAGCUUUAACUCCACCAAUGGGCUGGUUGCACUGGCAAAGAUUUAGAUGUGUUACAGAUUGUGUACAAUUUCCAGACGACUGCAUUAGUGAAAAACUCUUCCAAGUGAUGGCCGAUCGUAUGGCUGAAGAUGGCUAUCUGGAAGCUGGCUACGAGUACGUCAUAAUGGACGAUUGUUGGUUAUCUUCAGAAAGAGACAGUGAUGGUCGACUUCAAGCAGACCCAGACAGAUUCCCCAGCGGAAUUAAAGCCCUUGCAGAUUAUGUCCAUGACAAGGGUCUCAAAUUAGGAAUAUACGAAGACUAUGGAACGAAUACUUGCGCCGGAUAUCCAGGAAGUCUGGACCAUUUAGAAAUCGAUGCUAACACUUUUGCAGAAUGGGGAAUCGACUAUUUGAAAUUCGACGGGUGUAACGUUGUCGCUGAUGAAGCCAUGGAGCAGGGCCACUUGGAAAUGGCUUCGUACCUGAAUCAAACUGGAAGACCGAUUGUAUUUUCCUGCGAAUUUCCGCUAUAUAGAGGAGACGCAGCUAAUUACUCAGUUGCUAUUGAAGCUUGUAAUCUCUGGAGAAACUAUCACGAUAUUGAAGAUUCUUGGGACAGCCUAACCAGUAUCGUUAAUUACUUUAAGGACAACCAAGAGAAAUUUGCUUCAGUUGCAGGGCCGGGACACUGGAAUGACCCUGAUAUGCUGCUCAUUGGCAAUUACGGGCUUAGCUAUGAACAGAGCAAAGCACAGAUGACAAUUUGGACUAUUCUGGCCUCACCUUUACUCAUGUCUGUGGAUCUGCGUACUAUAAAACCAGAAUUUAGAGACAUUCUUUUGAAUCCACACGCUUUAAAUAUUAGUCAAGAUCCUCUAGGUCUUCAAGGGCACGUGCAUAAAACCAUUGACAAUAUUGACGUGUGGAUGAGAAGAAUUUCACCAGUGGCAGGCGAGCAGUUUUCACUAGCCGUCGGUUUUGUCAGUAAUAGAAAGGAUGGUUAUCCGUACCGACUAGAAUUUACAUUGGAAUCAUUGUUGGACUUGGAGUAUCCUGGAGCUUAUGUACUGAUGGAUGUCUUUGGAGACACAGAAGAUAUUCUUGUAAGAAGUAUUGACACUCUUGAAGUCAGAGUUAAGCCCACAGGUGCUGUUUUGUGGCAUUUGGUUCUACAAUCCUUCUGAAAAAUGCAAAGUAUUUUUGGCAAUGAAUUUUUGUGGUACCUGGAUAAUGAAUGAAAAACUAAAUAAAAAUUACUAUUUCCAAAAAGUUUAAACAACAUAACUGUUUAUUCCCAAAUAAAACUCUAAUGUAUUA